UUGAACAGUUACGGUCAAUAUUAAUAUUGCGAAAAUCUGAAAUCAAAUUGAAAGGAAAUAUUAACGGUUUUGAGAAUAUUGAAAUAAAAAUUCAUUAAAAAAAUCUUACAAGUGGAUUUAUUAAAAUUAUUAAAAACCAAAAAUAUUUUGUGAAAAAAUAAAAGAACAUUUUUGAAAAACUAUUUUUAAAAACUUAUAAAUAAAUAAAAACUUUGAAAUAAAGAUUUUAAAAAUUAACUAAGUGUUAAAAAGAAAAAUAAAAAAUCUUAAAAAAAAAUCUGGAUUAUAAAUACCUGAAAAUGGAUACUUUAUCACCACAUAAAAACUCCAAACCCAGCAGUUCCAGUAGCUCUGGCUGCUCGGCCUCAUCCUCAACUACGGAUAUCAAAAAUUCUUAUAAAACCCAACGUUUGGAUAACAAACCAGCUGGCUUACGUUCCAGAUCCUUUUUACAUUGUCUUAGCAGACAUUUGGGUCGUCAUUUUAUACAUCAUCAUCCGAAUCAUCAUACGGUCCAUCAAAAUGGUCAAACUAUUGUUUAUAAUAGUCAAGAGGAGCUAAGAUCCUCUUCUACUGAUUCCUUUUCAUUGAGUUAUGAACGUAAUUCUCGCUUAGAUGGUUCUAUGCAGCAAACUAAUUCCAAUGGCACAGGCACUUCCAGUUUCGAUAUUAGCAGUGAGGAACGUACAUCUAGAGCUUCUUCAACCUCAGCCUGUUCUCGAUUUACACCCGAACAAGAGGAUAUGGAUAAUUCAGUAAAUAAAAAUUACACAAAUAAUAAACAGCAUCAUAUAUAUAUCUCCACUACCAUCUAUAGACCUUCAAGUUCAUUGGAUUGUCAUGAUGAUUUAGAAGAGGAUUACAGUGAAUCGGAUAGUGGCAAUUCUAGCAGUGAUGAGAAUGAGGAAAAUAAUUUGCAACAAAAUCAAGAGAAUAUCUUCAAUCAAAAUGUAGUAAAUAGCAAAUCAAAAUCUUCACCAGCCUCAGUAGCAAAUACACCUUCCUCUAAUCUAACUACUUCUUCUGCCAAAGGUUUACAUUUGAGUCGCAUAUCUAUAACAUCUUCGGUGAGAAGCAUUUUCCAGCAUAUCUCCUCUGUAUCAGCCAGUUCAACACGUUCUUUAUCCUGCUCGAGUACCCCCUUAAAAAGAGUAUGGGAUUCUAAGUGUAAAAAAUCCAAUUCCUCACCAGCCAGCAGUUCAUCGAAUAGCAAUAACGCUGCCAAAUCAAAUAAAUCUUCCACACGUUCUUCAGCCUCAAAUUCUUCCUCUUCCAAUUCAUCUAACUCCUCUAAGAAGACAGAAAAGAAACAACAGAGUAUUUUAAGACCACCCAUUAAUUAUGUCUAUAUGAAGGGUAUGUCCGGUUUAUACUCACGAGUACCCCGUUAUUCUGUCUGCUGUCCCUAUGGCACCCAACAAUGGGCUUAAGCAUCUAAAAAGAAAUCUAUAUACAGACUAAUAAAACCAAGUAGCACCAAUUAUUUUUUUAAGUCUUAAUAAUAACUAAAAACAAUGACAAGGAGUAGUUGAUUACAAACGAAAUAACAACAAAAGUAAUGCAGUGCCUAAGUUCGACAAAAUAAUUUAAUAGAAAUUAUUAAAAGUUUAAUUAGAGUAUGGUAUGUUAUUAAUGAUUAAAAAAAGCUUUAGGGACUUAUUUAUA